CCGCGCGCCGGGCUCCGGCUGGUGCUGGGCUCGCGCCGCAGAGGCCGGUGAGGCGCCGGCGGCCACGCCGCGGAGGGCGCAGAGCGAGGGAGCGGGUUGUCCGGCCGCGCGCGCAUGGAGGCGGCGCCGGCAGCCGCCUGAGGGCCGCGGGAAGAGCGGAGCGGGCCACCUCGCGCAUCCCUCGAGCGGCCUCGCUCCCCGGGCACCCGGAGGCGGCGGGCCGUGGAGCCGGCGCGGCCAUGGCGACGGGCACGCAGCAGAAGGAGAACACGCUGCUUCACCUCUUCGCCGGCGGGUGUGGGGGCACGGUUGGUGCUAUUUUCACUUGUCCACUGGAAGUCAUUAAGACACGGUUGCAGUCUUCCAGAUUAGCUCUUCGGACAGUCUAUUAUCCUCAGGUUCAUCUGGGGACCAUUAGUGGGGCUGGAAUGGUGAGACCAGCAUCGGUGACGCCUGGGCUCUUCCAGGUUCUGAAGUCGAUCUUGGAGAAGGAGGGACCAAAGUCACUUUUUAGAGGCUUGGGUCCAAAUUUGGUCGGAGUUGCGCCAUCAAGGGCUGUGUACUUUGCGUGUUACUCCAAAGCCAAAGAGCAGUUCAAUGGCAUUUUCGUGCCUAACAGUAAUACUGUGCAUAUUUUCUCAGCCGGCUCUGCAGCUUUUGUCACAAAUACCUUAAUGAAUCCUAUAUGGAUGGUUAAAACCCGGAUGCAGCUGGAACGGAAAGUGAGAGGCUCCAAGCAGAUGAACACACUCCAGUGUGCUCGCUACGUUUACCAGACGGAAGGCAUUCGUGGCUUCUACAGGGGAUUAACCGCCUCGUAUGCCGGGAUUUCAGAAACUAUCAUCUGUUUUGCUAUUUAUGAAAGUUUAAAGAAGUAUCUGAAAGAAGCUCCAUUAGCCUCUUCUACAAAUGGGACUGAGAAAACUUCCACGAGUUUUUUUGGACUUAUGGCAGCCGCUGCUAUUUCUAAAGGAUGUGCUUCCUGCAUUGCUUAUCCACACGAAGUCAUAAGGACACGGCUCCGGGAGGAAGGCACCAAGUACAAGUCUUUCAUCCAGACCGCUCGGCUGGUCUUCCGGGAAGAAGGUUACCUUGCCUUUUACAGGGGACUCUUUGCCCAGCUCAUCCGGCAGAUACCGAAUACUGCCAUCGUGUUGUCUACGUAUGAGUUAAUUGUGUACCUGUUAGAAGACCGUACUCAGUAAGAGGCCAGAAAAUUGUGCUCUAGAAUAAAAUUGAAAAACUCUAGAGAAUUUUUUUUUCCGUUGAUGUUUAGAACGUUUGGGACGGAAACAGGAAAGGCCAUAAGAUAUGUGGCUCGUAUCACCUGUCGGACAUUUCCUUUUGGAUUCAUGUGUUCUGGAAGGUUUAAAUUCAUUAACGUUAAUAGUUAAUUAUAACUUUGGUGGGUUUUGUUUUUUUUUUUUUUUAACUUAAAAGGAUUCAGGAUUGAGCAGCAGCUAAAUUAAAUCAUGCUAUUUAAUUUCAGUA